AGAAAGAUGAUAAACAUAAUAAAUGCAUAAACAAAUACCAAUAUAAAUCUAUUGACUCCACCAAAAGUGCUAUAAAAAAACACAUGCAAAUUCAUCUUUGUCUCCAAUGUCUUUUAAAAAGAAUUUGGGGCAAUAAUAAUAAUAUCAUAAUGUUCUAUCUUUAUUGAAAUCAUCAUCAGUCCUUAGGCAUGGAUUCGGACCCACCAUUCCAUGAAACCUACAAGACCCUUUUUGCCGCCACUAAGCCUUUAAACAACGACUGGCUCGCGGCGGUGGCGGCGGUGGAGGAACUUGAGCUUCCUUCGAUUGAUCUGACCCGAUUAAGCCUCGAGUGGCCGGAGAAGGAGAGGUGUAAGAAUGAUAUAGCUAGGGCUGCUAAUGAGUGGGGUUUUUUUCAAGUGGUGAACCAUGGGAUUUCGAGGGAUGUAUUGGAGAAGAUGAGAGAAGAGCAAGUCAAAGUGUUUAAGCAACCGUUUCAACAUAAGUGUAGGGAAGACAAGUUCAUGAAUGUGUCGGCCGGUAGUUACAGGUGGGGAACGCCGACGGCUACUUGUUUAAGGCAACUGUCAUGGUCUGAAGCUUUUCAUAUCCCCAUGACCGAUAUCUCUAGCCUUGGUGAUACUUCUACUUUUAGUUCAUCAUCCCUACACCAGUUCGCUACAAAAGUUGCCAGUCUUGCUCAAAAACUAGCCGAAAUUUUAGCAGAGAAAUCAGGUAAAAAAUCCACGUUCUUCCAAGAAAAUACAUUACCGAGCACUUGUUAUCUCCGGUUGAACAGAUACCCACCAUGUCCGAUCCCUUUGUUCGGUCUAAUGCCACACACAGACAGUGAUUUCCUCACUGUACUGUACCAAGACCAAGUUGGAGGGUUACAAUUAGUGAAAGAUGGGAAAUGGGUUGCAGUUAAACCAAACCCUGAAGCUUUGUUUAUAAACAUUGGAGAUUUAUUUCAAGCAUGGAGCAAUGAUUGUUAUAAAAGUAUACAACAUUGUGCGGUUACUAAUCCGACGAAAGAAAGGUGCUCGGUUGCUUAUUUCCUUUGUCCAUCGUAUGACACCGUGAUUGAGAGUUGUAGUAGCAAUAAGCCUUCGGUUUAUAGAAGCUUUAGCUUUAAGGAAUAUAGACAACAAGUACACGAAGAUGUUCAAAAUUAUGGUUAUAAAAUAGGGCUUCCAAGGUUUCUUGUAUAAAAAUAAAUAUUUGCCGAGUAAACAUCGAUCAGAUAAAGCUUACUCGAUCGAUAUUAUAUUUUCCUCGAACUCGAGACUUUUGUUAAAGACACAUCAAGUUCUACACCACUUGAUCCAAUGGACGAUGACCUUCUAGAUAUAGUUAUAAGUUAGGUUAUUAUUUGUAAGUUAAAUUAUGCUAUAAGUUUUUAUAUUUUUUUCAAAUUCAACUGUCAGAAGAA